AUGGAGGUUUUUCCUAUGGUUACUCUAGACGAAGGAGGAUCUCCUUGUGUUGGACAGGAUGUGUUUGUAGCUCUUACGGCGUUUGUUAUUGGUGAUGUCCAUUAUGGAUGGCAAAUUAUGGAUGGCACAUUAUGGAUGAUGAAUCAUGGAUGA